UACAAUGAGUACAGAAGCACUCCUCCAUUACCCAGGCUCACUUUCCAUAUUAGAUGGUGAAACAGAUUUUGCAUCAGGUUGGACAGCAGAUGACAUCUCAUCAUAUGACCUGGAUAGCCAGGUCCAGUGCAAAGAUCCUAGUGUCUCCCUGGCAAACAACAGAUUGGACUCUGAGGACACUAGAACUGUUAUCACAGAGAGUAUGUCCGUUACUGCUUCUGAUGAGGAAAAGCUUCAGCUUCUCAACAAGAAUACAGAGCUCCGAAAAAUCAAUGCAGAGCUAAUGAAACUGAAUCAGCAGUGGGAUGAGAUUUAUCGUAACACUACAGAAAGGAUGCAGCAUACAACCCGUGCCUUGCAAGAUGAGGUCCACAACCUGAGAAAGCAUAGUGACAAACUGAGCCUAAUAUUGGAGCAUGAACAGAAUAAAAGGGAGUUCUACGAGACCUCACUUCUCCAAGAAAUGAAGAGGAAUCAAAAACUGCAGGAAUAUGUAAGACACUUGGAGAAGUCUCUUCACUACAACAUUCUUGCUCACCGUGGUGUGUCGAAUGUUGUGGACGUUUCAAGAACUCAAAGCCAAACAGAUCUCUCCACCAAACCAUUCCCUGAAAAUUCUAAGGAAAUUUCAAACCACUGUGCUAAGGAAGGAGAUCAUAUUCUUAAAACAAAGAUUCUGAAUUCCCAACCUUCAUGUAAAACCUCUAAGGGAAGCCAAUAUAGGAGAUGCAACAGUCAACAUAGCACUGAAACUGAGCAAGACAUGAACCAGCUGAAGGAGCAGCUGCAAGCCCUUAAAUGUCAGACUGAGAUUUAUGCAGCAGAUUAUAAAAUUGAACGCUUUGACCGUGAGCGCAUGAAAACAGAGAAUGAAAAACUACGCAAGAAAGAAAAAGAAAUGAGAGAGCAGAUGCAUAUACUACAGGAGCAGCUGAAGAUAUACGAGGAUGAUUUCCAGAAGGAGCGCUCUGAUAAGCAGGUCUUGCAGCGCCUUCUUAAGAGCCGCCCUACAACCCAUGAACCAACUCUGGUCCAUCGCUGCAACAAUGAGGCCCAUUGCAAUGGCUCAACUCGGGGUAGUGAUAAAUUAUCUAGGGUAACCAACAGUAGGACGAAGCAGUGAGAACGUGAUGGAGAGGGAAACUUCCAUCAUACUGGGUGUAGGUUACCAGGACCGGACUGGUCAUCUAGCCAACAUCACUCCAUACACACCCUCAAUGCCACUACGCAUCUAUGUUAUAGUCUCCAGUGGGGGUUUUAUUCUUUUUUUAUUUAACCUAGUAGAAAAACAUAUAUUGGUUUUCAUUUUAUAAUAAAGGUACAAUUAG